GCAUACUUUAUAUUGGAGCACUACAAGAAUCUACUCAAUUAUGUUAAUGUUGAUGGAGAAACUCCUCUUUAUGUCUUGGCCAGAAAGCCUAACUUGUUCAAAAGCAGCUCACAGCUUGGAUUCUAUGAAUCAAUUAUCUACCAUUUUGUAUUUGUUGAUAAUCUGAAGAACCAACCAAUACAUAAUCCAAAGGACACCCAGAUUGAUGACUCAAGUGAAGAGAAUUUCCCAGAAAAUUACCAGACGUGUGUGAGAAUCUUCCGUCUAAUUAUGGGAUCCAAUUUCCAAUAUCUAUAAAGCAGGCUGUUUAAGAUCCAAGAAAGAAAAAAGUGCUUUAACAGAUACAGAAGAUCCAGAUCCAUCGUAUAUGGAUCAUGGAGUUCCAAUAUAUGAGAGUUUUUUGGGUGGUUGUUCAAGACCCAAGAUAAAAAAUCCCCCUUCUACUAAUGAAAGCAAAUAUUAUGAUUCCUAUCCUCCCAAUUACACUACUUGCAUUUCGAUUCUCAAAUUUGCCACAAGCGUCCUUUCAGCUCUUGGACUUGGAUUGUCCACGAUAAGAAAUGUUCAAGACAAGAAAGUUGGGCACUCUCAUGGGAUGCAGAUGAUGCACAAAAUGAUUGAGUGCGAACCAAGUUACGUAUAUGAUAGCGUCCGCCAGCAGCAGAAGCGUGGUAACUGGAUCACUGUCCCACCUAUUGCAGAUGUAGUGAAAAUGAUUGAGUGGGAACCAAGUUACAAAUACGAUAGCAUCGACCAGCAGCAGCGUGAUAAUGUAGUAAAGGGCAGCACCCCACUAUUAGAAGCAGCUAAGAUGGGAAUCCUAGAAAUGGUGAAAGGCAUACUCAACGCAUUUCCGGUGGCCAUCAGUGAUCAAGACUCAGACGGCAAGAAUGUGCUGAUGGUAGCAGCGGAGAACAAGCAAAUCGCCGUUUUUGAUUUUCUGAUUCAGAGAAAGCUCCCCGAAUAUGUCUUCUAUGACUUCGAUUAUCAUGGAAACAGCGUCCUUCACAGCGCAGCGAUCCUGAGACCUGACCAGACAUGGAGCAUUCCUGUUGCUGCUUUGCAAAUGCAAUGGGAGAUCAAAUGGUAUGAGCAUGUGGCGAAAUCAGUUCUACCGCAGCCUUGCCAUAACCAAAAUGCAGAGGGCGAGACUCCGAGCCAGAUCUUCACAAGAACACAUUCACGUCUAGUCAAGUUAGGAAAAGAAUGGCUGAUAAAAACCUCGGAGUUUUGCACGGUGGUUGCGGCUCUCAUCGCCACCGUUGCAUUCGCCACGUCAGGGACGGUCCCGGGCGGCUUCCACCAAACCUACGGCUACCCGAUUCUCAAGGACGAGCCGGCAUUCAAGAUUUACUCCAUUGCUUCGCUCGCUGCGCUGAGCCUGUCCAUCGCCACUCUCUUCUCCUUCUUCUCCAUCAUGAUUUCGAGAUUUGAAGAGCGCGAUUUCGAGCGAGACCUGCCGAGAAAGCUGCUGGUGGGGCUGACUUGUCUGAUUCUUUCCAAAGCUGCGAUGCUGGUCUCCUUCUACGCGGGGCAUAGUUUUAUACUGGUGGACAAGCUGAGGGUCUCUGCAACGCCGAUAUAUGUAGCUGCUUCGUUGCCCAUUAUGCUGUUCGUGAUGGCCAAGAACAUUGAUCUUGUUUUGGUUUACUACAGGAUUUUGAUGGGCCGCAGCUACAAGGUGUUCCCUCACUAAGCAAUGAAUUCUAUACUAUACCUUUGAAUUUGUUUAGUAGAGUGGAUAUUUCAGAAUGAUAAUAUUAUGGGACAUUUAAUAGUGAAUGGAGGGAGUCGUUGACAAGCAUUGAUUUGGUAAUGUCAUGUUAUCU